AUGGAUUCAAACGCGACAAUAACCCAUAAUCUCUCGGCCACCAACCAUUCGGACUCCCGGCCUUUUUCACUGCCGUUCAAUGUCUCCUUGGAUGGCGGCACCUUCAGCACCGGAAUAUUGGUCGUUGGGCUCAACACCCUGGCGGUGCUGGUGACCCUGACCCAGGCAUCGCUGCGGACACCCUUCAACAUGUACAUUGUCGCCAUACUGUGCAGUAAUGUGGCGUUAGGAUGUCUGGACCGGGCACUGGACAUCGCGGAGCGUGAGUACGGGGCAGUGAGGCUGGGUCAUUCCCUGUGCACCAUCCACCUGUAUGCCAUCUACGUCAUAUCCCCGCUGGUGUACAACUUCCACUGGCUGGUUACAUUGAAUCGCGUCUGGGCACUCUUCGGACCCAUCUCCUACCGUGCCCGUCAUAAUCGGACCAUCGCCGGCAUUCUCUGCGGCGCCGUGAUGGUCUACGUGCAUAGUUUCAUGCUGCCGCUGCUGAUUCGCGAUCGUCUGUACUAUCGUCUCCCGUUGGAGGGAGGCUGUCGGCUAAAUAACGGCCACCAACCGGCUCUCGCUGCGUUGACGACUUUUCUGAUCUAUGACGUACCCAAAGUGGGCAUUCCGGUCGUCUUCCCCUUCUUACUGUGGAAGAUGUACUCGCGACGACGAGCAAUCAGACCGGUGGCUAAUCCAGCGGCACCAGCACCCACUCGACCGGAAGGCGGACGACCCUUUACGCUGCUGACGUUAUACACCGGCAGUACUUUGUUUUGCUGGUGGCCCAUGAUGUGCUGCAAUAUUAUUCUCACCUACAGUCCAAAUACUAAACUGCACCCCGCCCUGUAUCGAACCGCGGCCAGUGUCUACAUCGUCCAGACGGUCCUAGAUCCGUUGAUGUUCAUCCUGACCCUCGGUAACAUACGCAGCUGUUGGCGCCGCCUCUGCAAAACAAAAAUUAACAACCAAGGCAUGCUGGUCAGGAUUUCGGCAGGCAGAGAAUGCGCCGCCGCCAGGAAUACCAGAGAGAAUCCCAACGCGAUUCCCAAUGUUGCCAUCGUGGCUUAG